AUGGAAUAUCUCUCUAAUUGGGCCGUCAAGGAGAUCAAUAUAGAUCUAGAUGCAGCCGGUGAAGAGAGACUUCUUCAAUUGAAUGAGCUAGAUGAACUUCGCUUUGAAGCUUACAAGAAUCAUAGGCUCUACAAGGAGAAAAUGAAGAAGUUUCAUGAUAGGAUGAUCAAAAAACGAGAGUUCAAUGUCGGUGAUAAGGAACAUGGAGCUAUUGAGGUUGCUAGUGAAAAUGGCACCAAGUUCAAGGUGAACGGCCAACGUUUGAAGCUAUACACUCAAGGAGCGUUUAUUGGAAAAUUGGAGAUGAUCUAUCUCUCCGAUCCACCCACCGACUCUUGUUUUUGA